UACACGCGCGUGCAUGUCACGUGCAUCAUUGCGCGCUGUAGUGUAGGUUUAAACUGUAAACAUCUCCGAUAAAAGUGAACAAAAUUGCCACUCAUUUGUUACUAUUACGGUUUAGACGAACCCCAGAGACACAUUACUCGACGGUGACACAUUAAAUAGAGUAAGUUUAAGUCAUUCAGAUUUGCUAAGCAACAAGCUAGUUACAAUAUAAGAAUUUAACAUGCUAAUAUGAACGCGAGGCGUAAAACUGCUAUGGCACAGCACUUCUUUGGAAAUUCAGGCUCUGUGGCCUUGCAGUCAACACCCAAAACUGGUCAUCACCACUCAUCAGCAAAGGUGCCAGAUGAUGGUUUUAACUCAACAGGUGAAACUCUGUCAUUUGUUAGCCUGGAUGACAGCAAUGAGCACCAAAGUGAGGACUCGGGUAUCGGAGUUUCGAAAACCUCGACUAGAAGUUCGCCGAGCAACAGUACUAUGGAAGAAGCAGGCGUGUUGGCUCCCACAAGUUCACGAAUAGAAGAGGUUGGAAAGAAAGCACAGGACCUUAUUGAGAGAAUCAAUGAGAGGCGGGCCAUGGACCAACAUGUGAUGAACAGCUUUGAGGAAAAGCUCAUUAAAAAGGUGAGUGAGAUGUGUCAGCAGGUGAAGGAGCAGAUGUUUGAGUAUUAUGAGCAGCACAGUCAGGGCAUGGAGGCCAGCAUCACUGAGCUGUCGGAGGUGCUGGAGAGAAGCAGUCAGCUGAGUAUGGAGCUGCAGGGAGCCAGUCAAACUCUGGCCGCCAUCAAUAAAGGCCUGCAGCACAGCACAGAGCAGUAGAUACACAACCAAACUGUAACUUAAUAUGAGACGGGGUACACUACAUAUGAUUUAGUCAUGUUUAAUUUAACUUAAACUUAAGGAGGAACUGUUCAAACAUUUCAAAAUGUAAACAUUGCAUUUAUUUAUUUUUACAAUAGCAUGUUAAAGAAAGUUCAAAUGCACAUUAAUAUGUCAAUUUUAUUUGUAUUUACAUGUAUUGUAAAGUAAAAUCUAUUUUUGAUGAAUUACCUAAAGGCCUUCUACUAUCAUUCCUUCUAAGCCCCGGCAAAUGUGGUUUGGCUAACCGCAUUAUUUGUGUUUCAAUAACUAAAGUUUGAGAUUUGUAGGAUUAAGGCUUUUUCCCCACAGCAUUAGUUAUUGAAAACUCAUUUAAUCUGUUGCCAAU